CGUGUUUGGCAGUUGCUCGCAGCUGACUGUGCGUGACAGAACAUCAACACACAACUGCGAAAUAAAAGUCUAAAAGUUUCUCCGAUUUUUGCGUGAAAUUCCAGUGCUCUUUUCGCGCUUUUCCAGUGCUAAUAGUAUGCUAAUUUAGUCCAUUUAAGUGAGCGUAGCAAAAUGUUCAGCUUUGGAAAGAAGCCGGAUCCGCCAAAGCGGGAGAAGAGACGCGACCCGAGCGAGUUUGGCCUGUUUGGCAUCGGUGACGAUCUGGGGGAUGACGGCGGCGACGACGAUUUGGGAGACGAAGACGAUGGGGACUUGGAGGCGGAACUGGCGGCGCUAACGGCCGGAUCGUCCGGGCGGAAACCUCGGCCAAAGCCGAAACCCGCGGCGGGAGGGAUUGUGGCUCCGGCGGCUUUGGACGCAAUGAUCGCUGCGAGUUUGCGGGAUGUUGGAAGUGACGAGGAGGAUGACGACGAUGACGACUCGGAGCUGAUGAACGAGCUGGCCGAGAUUGCCGGUGGGGACGUUCCGGAUGAGGUUCCGGAGAGGGCGUCCCCGGCGAAGAAGGCGGCAUCGGCGGCGGGAGGGGUGAAGGAUGUGCUGAAGACGCGGAUUGAAAUGUAUACGGCCGCGGAGGACAAUGCCAAGAAGGCGGAAGAUUCGGGAAAGGCCAGGCGGUUUAAUCGAGGGCUGAAGACGUUGAAGGAUUUGCUGAAGCAAGCGGAAGCUGGGAAGGCGGUGGAUCCGAGCGAGAUUCCUCCGGAAGUCAGCGUGAAGGGCGCUUCCGAUCCUCCUGCUCCAAAGCCUGAAUCGCCGAAAGAGGAAGUUGUGCCUCCGGUUCCGACGAGACGAGCUCCCGCUCCACCACCGUCGGAUCCUGCGCCAGUGUUUGAAUCAACGUCGACGUCAAAACCCCCGGAACCUGCUCCAACUCCCGUGGAGAAUCCCCAACUGGCGAUGCUUCAAGAGCGAAAAGCUCAAUACAAAGCGGCCGCCCUCGAGGCCAAGAAAGCCGGCAACUCCGAGCAAGCCAUCAAGUUCAUAAAGAUCGUCAAGCAGUUCGACAUGGUCAUUCAAGCGCUAGAAAACGGCCAGGACAUAGAUCUGAGUAAAAUGCCUCCGCCUCCGAUGGCCGCCGCCGUCGCCCCACCUGUUCCUCCUCGUCAAAACCGUAAAGAAGAAAACACCACCCAGAAGGAAGCCGAAGUGCCUGCGGUCGUCGUCGAAACUACCCCGGAAGAGGGGGGCGACGAUGCUGCGCCGGAAGAGGUGCUCAUCCAGGCCAGUUCCGUGAUGGAGGCGCUCCAGCAGCGGUUGGAGAUUUACAAGGCGAGUGAGAAAUCCGCCAAGGACGAGGGCAACAGCUCGAAAGCCCGCCGAAUGGGACGCAUCGUGAAGCAGUUUGAGGACGCGAUUAAGCUGCACCGGGCGGGGAAGCCGCUUCCGCUGGACGAGCUGCCGACGCCGCCCGGGUACGGGCCGAUUCCGGUGGAGGGUGCAGCAGCUCCCGCUCCAGCUCCAUCUCCAGCCCCUUCCCCACGACCAGUUCCAAAAGCCCCAACCCCUGCCACUUCCCCGGUGGCCGGCCCUAGCAAGGAAGUCCCAAAAGCCGCCCAAACCACCAACGAUCGCCAGAUUGCAGCACUCCUCGAGCGGCAAAAGGAGUUCCGCCAGGCCGCAGUCGAAGCCAAGAAAGCCGGAGAACUCGAAGAAGCCAAGGAAUAUCUGCGCGUCUUCAAGGGGCUGGAAAAGCUUAUCGAAACUGCCCGCGGCGGCAUCCCGAUCGACAUGAACACCGUCCCAAUCGCCCCCGCCAAGCGUGCCUCACUCGAAGACUCGUUCACCAUCGUAGCGCAGGAAGACUGCGAUCCGAGCGGCGAAUCGGACGUGGAUCUCAACACCCGGCUCGAGGAGCAGCUGUCGCGGCAGCUGAUCAUGUGCCGGAACACGAGGGACCACCACCGGGCGAUGGGCGAUGUGGCGGGCACGAAUCGGUUUGAAAAUCUCGCGCUCAGUGUUCAGAAGGAUCUGGACUUUGUCCGGUUGACGCACAAGAAGCGGCUGCCGGUGCCGAAGUUCCACUACGAGGCGAAGCAGUUCAACGUGGUCAAGUGUAACACGGAUUUGAGCGACAACGAGGUGGAGGUGCUGGUGGCGAGGGGAAUUAACUACAGUGUGCCGAAUCCGCGGGAGGUGGACACGUACGUGAAGAUGGAGUUCCCGUAUCCGCAGGACGAUCCCUUCAAGGUGAAAACCGGCCUCAUCAAGGACACCGACAACCCGGAGUACAACCACCGGCAGAUCAUCGAAAUCGAUCGCAAAUCACGCGCCUGCCAGCGAAUCUUCAAACGUCAGGCCCUCAAGUGCGAGGUCUUUUCCAAAGGAGGUUUCCUCCGGUCCGAUACGCUGAUCGGAACGGUCACGGUGAAGCUGCAGCCACUCGAGACGCAGUGCGAGAUUCAUGACUCGUUCCCGCUGAUGGACGGUCGCAAAACGGUUGGCGGCAAGCUGGAGCUGAAGAUUCGCGUCCGGAACCCGAUCCUGGCGAAGCAAAUCGAGCAGAUCAACGAAAAGUGGCUGAUUAUCGAUGCAUGAAUUCCGUCCGGCGGUGGUCCACAGCUGACGUGUGUGGACGGUGAAGCCUUGAUGCCCGCUUGACGCAAUCAAUACAGUAGGUGUAGGAAGCCCGUCGCUAUGCUGCUGUUGGUGUUGGAGGGCGCGCUCCAACGAUUCAAUAUUGUUCAUUGCCCGUGUCUGGAAUUGUGCGUUAUCCGUUUUUUAGUUAUUUUUUCCUCCAUCUGUUGUGAGAGUAUUUGUAAGAGGAUUUAAUCCUGCCGAACCGGAGGGACGAUCGACUUUGUGAUAGAAGUAUGUGAAAGUGAAUAAACGUUGUCAUAUUGCAAUAAA